GGAGGUCAGUUUGGAGUUAGUUAGUUAAUUAGUUUGUCUCUAGAGAAUGAGUGUAAGUCAAGUCAUUGUCUUAUCUGAUGAAUCUUGGUGUCUGAUUGACAUAUUUCUUGCGCUUGUUGUUUCUGUAUAUGUUGAGCAGAACGGAGAAAAUCUACCCACAUUGUUGUCUUGGUUGUGACAUCACACCUUUGUGACUACUUAAGUUGGAUGACGCCGACACAAGCCAUCUAUGGCAUGUGUGGCCGGACGAGCUGCACAGCCGUUUCUCAUGCUGGAUACAAAAUUAAAGGAUCAAACUCAAAAGUGAUAAUAACGGCUUGUACACUGGACCAUAAUGCCUCUCAAGCCUCUGAAGAAAAGCCUGAAGAAGUCCAACUCAUAUGACGUCCAACUGUAUGAAGACCCAGACACGUUACUGGGUGCUGUCACCGAUGAAACCCAGCAAGAAGUUAAAGCCAAACCUGUGCCUCGACCCUGGUCUAAAAUAAAACUAAAGGCCAAGUGCGACACCAGCAACAACACCACUGUUGACUCUGUGGACAGAACCAGCGAUACAACCAAUGCAGAUAGCUCACAACAACCUGCAGACCACAAGAAGCCUCAGCCUGUUCCUCCUCUUCCCAGACCACCAAUGAGCAAAUAUGUGAACUUGAGUAAACCCCCAGCAGAAGGCCAUCAAUGCGUGAAUUCAAAUCCCAAUACAGCUUUGAAUCCUCCAGCAACGAGUACUGAAACAAUAAAAUGUCCUCCACCUCCACCGCGGCCUGCAUUCCCUCCUCCUCCUCCCUCCAACUGUAUCUAUAAACCACUGUCUACAGUGAGGCCAGAACCUGAGAUUUUCAAUGAUGGGAGUUGGCAAUCCAGAUCUUCGUCAGCAGCUUUCUCGGUUGAGGAAGUAGGUCUCUACUGGACUCCUGAUCAUUCAACGGACUUAUACUACCCAGACAGACCUGCAGUUCCAGCUUGGCAGCCCACCCUUCCACAUUCAACCGGACCUCCGCUACCUCCAUUCAGGCCACCUUCAACAAGAACAUUACAGCCAGAGUCAGAGAACACCGUGCAUCCUGAUUAUUUGCCAGUUCUGCCAGAUACUGAUGAACAUGUGACGGUGAGAGUGUGUGUCUGUGUGUGUACACUCUAAAAAGUAUCUUAUAUUUCUGUAUUAGAGUAUUUAGAGGCUUUAGUUUAGUUCUGAUCUGUUAAUCUAUUGCUGUGUUCACCUGCAAAUGAACUGGGAUUUAUCCCGAUUAAAAGCUUAAACAGGUUUUUAUGAGAAAAAUCGUCUCUCGCAACAUUUUGUUUAACGAGAAAAUGUUUUCCCUCAGGACAUCAAAAUGAUGCUGAGAUGGUUGCAAAGAGAGUCAAAAUCUCAUUUAAUGGCUCCGUCAUUCUAUGGGCUCAGUUUAGAGGAAGAAAUCAGAUCAUUCAAUGAGAGAGCCAUGAAUGUGAAAAAAGCCCUCCGUCUCUACAACCUUCUCUUGAUGAAACGCAAGGAAACCCUGCAGGAGAUCAUCACAGAGUUCAACUCCAUCUGCCGCAGCCUGGACAAGGUGCAGAAGAAAACCCAAAAAAUUGAAUCCGCGGGAGUGGUGGCUAUAGUAGUAGGUGUUGCCAUGGUGCCUUUUACCUUGGGUCUCUCGCUGAUUGCUAUGGCUGUUGGUGUUGGUAUGGUGCUUGGCGCCAAUGCUAAGGCCAAAAAGAAGUCUGUGAAUAAGGCGAGAGUUGAAACGCUGGCGUUCCAAUAUAUAAACGAGGUUGGCGACCUGGAGCGAUGUCUGGACUUUAUCCUCUCUGGGAUGGACUUUAUCCUCUCUGGGAUGGACGAGCUGCGAAGGCACGACCUUCCCAGGUUGCAGAGGGCCAGAGUUCAGGCUGAUGCAGUGAAUAUGGCACACCUGUCCAAGUAUGUGCUCACAAACAAUGCCAGGAAGGGUUCUGCAAACACCCGGCUGGCGUCGCCUGAGAAACUGCUUAAGGCUUUUAUUCAUGAACUGGAUCAGUACUUCACAAAAAAGGGUGGUCAGAAGCUGAAGAAGUCAAAUGAGAGCAAGUUUUCUGGUAGGGUUCACCUGCUGGCUGAAAAUCUGCAGGAUGACCUGGAUCACAUGAACUCUUUGUGGGAAACGUUCGAAUUGUAUGUGUGACAUAGAGUGAGCAAGCUAUGUGUUGUAAAUGUUUCAAUCGGUGGAAUUUGUGAUUAAAUGCCUAUUAUAUUUUGAGAAAUAUGUCAUAUUCCCAGAACCUAAUGUGUAUGUGCGAGUAUCAUAGUGGGUUAUAUUUUAUUUUACCAUAUUUCCAACCAAGUGCACGUUAAAACAACACCAUUUGACAAAAACAAAAGAUAGAGUGUAACAGUAUUGUAGAUGUUACCUUGAUACCUUGUAGAGGAACCUUGUCCCUUUCUUAUUUUCUAUAUUUUCUACCUCAAUAUUUUAUUCUAUUGUAUUUUUAUUGUAUUCAAAUAUACUGGACUGCUGUGAUGACCUAAUUUUAAUUAAUAAAGAUAAAUCUAUCUAUUU